AUGGCGAUGAGAUUGAAAGGCAAACCGCCCCAUCCGGACUGGCCGGUCCAUUAUCCUUACGAGGGCCCGGACCGCGACUCGAUGAUGUCCCCGAUCCGUGCGAUCGACGACGUCGAGAAUUAUCUUGUCAGCAUCGUCACGAAAGGACCGCCGCCUCUUUUACAAACUGACGUACCUGCAAUCAGACCGAUUUACGAUGCACCUUACAUGCAGAGGCACGUGCACGUGCACGAGCCGGAUCCGGAAAUUGAGGGCGAUGUGCGCCGCGUGUAUCCCGCGGCUUGGGUGCCUCCCCAGGCUAGAAGUAAAGUUCACGUCUUCAAGACUCUCUUCCCAGUUUACAUGGAGAAGACUCAUCCUUACGAGGAGCCGGCAGUUCCUCCGCCGUUGUGCGCUUUCAAGUUUGACGCAUCGAAAUUCAGUAUCGUGCGAGAUGCGUACGAAUUGAAUCGUGAUGCCAUCGAAUAUUUCGGCGCCUUCGAAUUCGAUCGGCCGCCUUACGCGAGACGUCUCGCGUCUUCGCCCGAGGAUUUCGAGAAGGUGAAGUACAAAAUGGGCGUCGAGGUGUUCGUAGUCAUAAUUCGAAGGAUCAACGAAGAAGUCUUCCUGGCUUUCGCCGGCAUCGAGCCGUUCUUCGUGACAGAGGUUGACGAAGAGGCUCAAGGAAUGAUAACGGAAUAUUUCCCCGAAGGAGUAGAAGAUGUACUCGGCGGUUUCACGAAAGCACCAAUAACACCUCCGCCGUAA